AUGUUGUGUUUUUUAUUUUAACCUUUUCUUUAGUGUGUAAUAUAAUUGCAAAUUAUCUGCAAAGUUACACAGCACAAAGUCCACACCAAAUGGAGUUAAUUUCUCCAACAGAAAACACGAGCAACAAAAAACGAAAUGUUUGGUCAGUCCUGCUAUUAUUUCUGUGACUACCGCAACACGUUUAAAACAUUUGCAUAAUGCCUGCCAAAUGGCUGCUUUGGUCUGUCUUCGAACACCAGUUGGGCUAUUCACCCACAUUGCACAGUGAAUGUAAUCCUAUUAGAAAAGAUUUAGAGGAUAAGAUGUCUGUCAACCCAUAGUGACACUGUUAAUAGCGCAGCAUUUCCUACUAAAAGUGAGUGAGGAUGAAGGGGAAAGGAUGAUAUACUUUCUUGCAACAUUCACAAAGACAAAAGGAUUUGCCUGCCUAGUAAAAGGAUGCUGGGUGGCAAUUUGUUGAAGAUUUUUGGCAAAUGUCAACCCAAUCAGCUUCCUCCAUCUCAUUUACAUCCCAUCUGCCCUGGAGAGAUCUAGUGACAGCAUUAAACCAUGAGGAAAUAAGCUUUGCCAAUCUAAGGACCCAAACAGGUUUCAGGGUCUGAUGAGGAUUUCACUCUCUAGUCCUUACUUCUUCUGGAGAACUUCAGUCUAUUGUAGAAUGGUAUCACUGCUGUACGCUUUGUUACUCUGGGCAGCAUGGGCUCAGUUUCCUGUUGUCAAAACCAAAGAGGCUGUUGAAGAGUCUAAAACCACACACAAAACAGACACUUCUCAGACUAACACACAUCGAGUUAGCAGCAGCUUAAUGCAGUGUGGUGAAUACAGCAAUGAAGUGAUGCCAAACGGACAAUGUCGUUUAAUAGCCACAUUACCUCAGCUGGAGGAGCAGAGGUGUCCGGACAUGUUCCGCUGUACCGAUGAAGUCUCCUACUGGCUGCGUGAGAACGAAGAGCGCAAGCAGCAAAUGCAGGACCUGAAAGAGACCAUUUCAGAGCUUCAAGAAGAACUGAGGAAUCACAAGCAUCGCAUCAAAGUGCUGGAGCUGCAGCGUGAGGAGAAAUAUGGAAUGAACUCGUCUUUAGAGCAUCGCUUCCACAUGCUGCAGGAGUUCAAUGAAGAGGCCAAUGCACUGCUGCACAUCCACGGAUCACUCAUCUAUGACAUGCAAAGACAGAUUCGCAACCUCACUAUGAUAGUAGAGCGUGUGAGGCGCAAUCCUGGCUGUAUGAUCAAUAUCAUCCGCACAAGCCCGCUCCUCGGCGCUCAGGAUACCCUUCACCCAGAGGUUCAGCAUGUACGAAACUGUCCAAUAGACUGUGCAUCCCUGUUCUACAAUGGAGUCCAUAGAUCUGGGAUUUUUACUGUUGUCCCUUCAAUAGGAUCCACUCCCGUAGAAGUUUAUUGUGAUAUGGAGACCCAAGGAGGUGGAUGGACCAUGUUUCAGCGUCGACAGGAUGGAAAGGUCAAUUUCAACCGCAAAUGGACAGAAUAUAGGGAUGGCUUCGGAGAUCUGCGUGCAGAAUUCUGGCUAGGAAAUGACCAUAUCCACGGUAUCUCCAGCCAGGGAGAGUAUUCCCUCCGCAUUGACCUCGAGGACUGGAAUGGCAAGCACAAACACGCACUGUACCAGAACUUCUGGAUUGAGAACGAGGACAACCUCUAUCGUCUCCAUGUAUCGGGAUUCAGUGGUACGGUUGAGGACUCGUUUGGCUGGUACCAUGACAAGCAAAGCUUCAGCACUCCAGACACAGGUGACGUCUGUGCUGAGAUAUCUCACGGAGGCUGGUGGUACCAUCAGUGCUUCUUCGCCAACCUCAAUGGAGUGUAUUAUAAGGGGGGGCGUUACUCUGCCAAAGGGAUGAAUCUUCUGGGGCCUGAUGGGAUUGUGUGGUACUCUUGGAAGGACUCAGAUUACUACUCCUUGAAGAAGGUGAGCAUGAUGAUCCGCCCACGGACCUACAGACCACGCCUCUCCCCAUGACAGCCCACUUUAGGACCUGUGUAAAACAAUACUGCAGUGACAUCAUCAGGUCAUUGUUGAUUCUCUGUGACUAAGCAAUUACGUAAACUGUGGUUAAAGGGAAAGUCUCAUCUGGACUCGUUUUGGUCAAACUUGUCUAAUAAUCUUGGUCUUUGACAUACUGAUGCAUUCUAUGAAUUGUAACUAAUAUAAUCAAAUUAUUAAACAGCAUGCAUUAUUAGGUUAUAAUGGAUAAUUUUUUAACUUUAACAAAAACAAUUAUUUUGGAUAAUCAUUAUUAAAUAGAAAUAAUUCAUCACUUGAUAUAAUUUUGAUACAUACUGUAUACUUUGUUUAAUGUUAAUUGAUGUUACUGUUACACUUCAUUGGUUAGAAAUACUCAGAGGUGUUUUUUAAGAUUAAGUUUUUAAAGAAGUCCUGUGACCAGUUGCAACAAAACCCUUAAAGGGGUAGUUUACCCCAAAAUGAAAUUUUCCAAACCUGCAUGAGUUUACUUCGUCUGUUAAAUACAAAAAAGACACUUUGAAGAACAUGGGUAAUCAAAGAGU